AUGUCAGCAUCUUCCAGCCCUCCUUUUGAUUUCCUCUACACAAAUAUUGACCUUAACGACCCUGAGGUUCAGAAGGCAGCGACCAAGAUCCAGGCGGGGUUCCGUGGCAUGAAGUCCCGCAAAGAGGUGAAGGACCAGCAACACCCGGGCGCUGAUGACCAGGAUGAUGAGAUCGCUGCUAUUGACCUUACCGACCCUGAGUUAGCGGACGCGGCGCUGAAGAUCCAGGCUGGGUUCAGAGGUGCCAAGGCUCGCAAGGACAAGAUCAAGAAGGAGGAAGCAGAACUGAACCAGAAGUUGGGUAACCUUAACACGGAGGCUGAGGAGCUGGACAUUGACCUCUCUGACCCUGAGCUGAACAAGGCGGCCACCAAGAUCCAAGCUACCUUCCGAGGUCACAAACAGAGGGUCACUGACCACUGAUGACCUUAAAGUUUGCCCUGUAUCAUAUCCCAGCCCAGCCCCCUCGCCCACACAACCACCACCACCACCUACACCGCUGCCUCCUCCUGUACGGUAACUGGAAGAUGAGGCGGAGGAGGAAGCAGCUGUGAGGUGGCCGACCAUCUAACAGUUGUCGCCUCAACGGAAUAAUAUUUAUGGACUUGAAAGACAAUUGAAACAUUUCAAAAUAUAUUUAUUAUUUGCUCCAGAAACACUGAAAGCUGUUAAACAAAGAAUCUAUUGGGACUUGGCGGGUCAGGCGGUACAGAACACAGAGAACUUGUGUAAAAAAUACUCAAAUUAAGCGUCAAUCAGAGAGGUGCAUUGCUUAUGGACAUGAAUGAAUUUAUCUGCCGUUAAUUUAUAAGAUUAUUAUCAUUUACGUCAUCAGGACAAGAUCAGCUAGGUUCAUAUAGGGUUAUACUUCCCUUGUGUUGUAAGAUGAGGCGAGUUGUGAUUGUUAUUGUCGUCACCAUAACAACCACACCAACAGCAUGAGCCAGGGAGUGGUUGUGGCCAGCGAGACACCAGUCAGCCCUUGUAUUAGUUCUCCCACGUUGAUGACUCCUGGACGGGUCGUGUCGCUGAUCUGCCUGAGUCUUGGUGGUGGUGAUCGUCUGGGUGAGAGCGUUCCGCGGGUGUGUCUGUUCCCCUUUGACCGAAUGUCUGUGUUGUGUCUGUUGUCCUUAACCUAGUGUCCCCUGUGUGUGUGUGUGACCCAGUGUUCCGCGGCGCCAUGGGUUAAGCUGGCUGGGUGACGUUAAAGCACUCCUUUUCUGCCAAAAGGAAAGCGUGGAUUUAUACCUUUAUUUUAAUUUCUCUGUUGUUUUCCGAGAUAGUGUAUAGUGUACGUGAGUGUGGUGAGCCAACACUUAACGUAGACAACUUGAUGCUAAAUACCUCCUCUCUAGCCGCUUCUUAAAUACGUAAGCUGAACAAACUUUAGAGAUCUUUCCUCUGGUAUUUAAAGCUCGCUAUAUUAUGUAACAGUCUUGAGCUUCAGGAGGCUCUCACAAGUCUUCAUAAUAACUAUAUCCUUAGUUCUUCUUUUAAUAACUUUAAGGAACCGAGUUCAUGUUUAUCACAAUUAUUAAAAAAAAUUUGCUUUUCUACGUUGCUUUUCGUUUACUUGACUUAAUAGAGGAUUUGGUGAGUUUGAUGCAGUCUUGGUGAUACAGCCUCGUGCGUCGGGGUGUUGGUGCAGACCUUGGGUGUACAGUGCUCUGUGAUCUGUAUACAGUGCUCUAUGUUGUGUACAGUGUUCUGUGUAUAGUACUUACGUACAGUACUCUGUGUACAGUGGUAUGUGUGUAGGGGGGGGGGGGAAGCAACAUGUAACUGCUGGUUUAGGAACAAAUGUGUCAACACCCAACACAGACACAAGCCUGGUGGCCUGGAGCAGCUCUCGGUGACCGUACUCGGAGAAGACCUGCCAUGGUCGGUAGCGCCUCAUUGGAUGACUCCCUUCUUGCACCAGACUCCGAGUGAGAAUGGACACUCCAAGUGUGGUGGUGACAGCCAACACCACACUUGUGUCUGUAGUUGUAAACAUAUUGGGGUGUUUACAGUCUCAUGAUGCUUGUGUACACAGACAUGGAGGAACUAUGUAAACACGGUGCAGCUUCACUGUGAGCGCCGUGUGUGACAGGACGGGGCAGAGGCAGGUUUUUGUGGCCGCAGACCGAGCUGUUUUUUGAUUGUUAACUCCUUAUGUUUUGUCACUCAUGCUCUGUAAUAUUAUAUUUUUACUGUUUAUAUUAUGUGAUGAUCCCGCUCAGCCUGACCGAGGCCUGAGUACUGUAGGUGAGGCUGGGCGCCCCCCCCCGGCAGCAGGAGCAGCACCACACCCUUCAACAACCAUUGAGAAAAGUAUAAUUAUAUUUCCUUGUCUGUGACUGCCAAGUUGUUACUCGUUGUAGACCAGCGUGAGUGUGUGAGUACUGCUGGUCACUCGUAUUAACUUCCUUUAUCAUCAAAGUAAUAUUUUUGUCGUGUGGGGUUGAGAUUACUGAAAGUUUAAAGUCUGUCUUCUCUUGUAAAUGUUAACUACUUAGUAUACGUAAUGUUAGCAACAAAUUUUUGAAUAUUAAAAUAAAUUAUUUAACAAAUACUUCAAGGUCAGAUCUGAAUAAUGAAAAACGUUUUAAGAUAAUUUAGUUAAAGUUUAAGUCGUGUUUUCAAAAGUGUGGCACAGGGAGCCAUAACUCCCCGUGGUGUGGCACAGGGAGCCAUAACUCCCCGUGGUGUGACACAGGGAGCCAUAACUCCCCGUGGUGUGACACAGGGAGCCAUAACUCCCCGUGGUGUGACACAGGGAGCCAUAACUCCCCGUGGUGUGACACAGGGAGCCAUAACUCCCCGUGUACGUCACUGUGUGUUUACCCCGGAGUUUCAAUCAUAAACUGUGGUUCAAUUUAUUGUGUUUAAGACAACGCUCUGUGUUUGUUUGUUAGUGAGGCGUUUGUGAGUACUGGGAACCUCACACUGACCAACAACUGACUCAUUACAGGACUACAGUUUUAACAAGCACUGUCACCUAAUGCAAUCGUUUGGGGGAAUAUAUUUAAAUGAGCACCGCCUCCAGCCAUGACGUCAGUGGUGGCCAGGGGGUGGGAGUCGCCCUCACCAACCUUCUUCAACUUACACACAAAGAUAAAUAUUAAAACUUUUAUCUAUUGUUCACAUUUUGAGUACAGAAGUUAUAGUUAUCAGCCGUAAAGUACACUAUAUUAUGGGGACCCUGUCUACACUACUCCCCAGCCCACCUUCCUCUCCCCAGCCCACCUUUCUACUCCCCAGCCCACCUUCCACUACUCCCCAGCCCAUCUUCACUACUCCCCAGCCCACCUUCACUACUCCCAGCCCACCUUUACUACU